GCAUUUUAACAGGUCCUUUUUAAAAUCAUGAAUACUCAACAAUAACCAAUUUAUCUCCGCCACUGGCCAAAAAGGUUAUAUGUAUUUAUAUAUUUUUGGAGAUGGCUGUGAACGGAAACGUCAAACUGAAAACCCAGACUUUACAAAUUGUUAUACACUUUAUUGAUAUUCAUGAAUAAUAUAAAUUUCACGUUUUUUCUUUAAGUUACUAAAAUGUGUACGCUGAAUCCCGCUUUAAACCAAAGUGGAACACCGUUUGGUCCUGAUGGAUGCCAAGUACCCAUAGGCAACGGUAUUUGCGGAGAAACACGAACUUUGGAUAUAGUUCAUGAAUUUAAGAGGCUGUAUGAAGAGAAACUACAGGAGAUUGAUGCAAGUGGAGGUGGAGAUUGCCUUCAGGAAAAAGUGAGGCUGCAGCAAGAAUGGAUUGGAGACCUAACAUGCCAAAACGAAAUGCUGGUGAGGGCUGUAGAAGACCUAGAGAGAGAGGCAGCUGAGAGGGUACACAUGUUAGAACAGAAACUGCAAAGCAGUGCAAAAUGUCUGAAUGAGGCAAAUGGAAAGUUGGCAGCUCAAGAAAGUAAGAUAAAAGAGCUACAUACGUCUCUAGACCAUCUGAAGUCAUUUGGUGAUAUUCCACGUAUCGCUAGGGAUCUAGGAAAGAAGAUACAGGAAUGUGAAGUCUUACAAAAGCGAUGUAGUGAUUCAGAAAAAUCACAAGAAGAAUUAAGCAGUAAGGCAAAAAAAUUAGAAGAGCAGAACCGCUGUUUCGAGUGUGGUAUACGCUGCCAAAAGGAGCAGAUCGAACAACUAGAUAGGCAGUUUAGCGAAUUUGUAGGUUGCUAAAAUGACCUACAUCAAACACAGUUUUUAGUCGUAUAAUCAUCAAGUUGCUCCAUACAAAGUAGUUGCCGGUGAAUGGGUUUUAGGACGGAAAAUGCCGAUAGAUGAUGUUUUAGGCAGAAAAGCUCUACAUAGUUAUAUCAUAAUAAUACAGGAUGAGUUUUUAGUGUGGGCUUGCUGGUUAACUUCAUUUUUACGCAUGUAUCUAAAAAAAGUUAUUGUAUCCAACAGCAUAUUCCUUGGAAAAUGUUUUUAUCUUUACCGAGUGAUUCAUAACUAAAUCGUGACCCUAACAUACAUUUUUUAAAUGAAAAGCUCUACAUUUUAUUGAAGAUUUGGAUAGAUCCUCUAAAAGGAAGCGGUUUUAUAGGACAUACUAUCGGUUUCUUGAGAUAUCGGACAAUCUACCCAAAAAAAAAGAAAAAAACAACUUUGAUAACUCGGAUCUUCGCAACUGUUAUAGCUAUAGUACUAGAUUUAUAUAGAAUUCUAUAAUCUUAACUGACAUUUCUGGUUAUACUUGGCCACUAAUACGUAGUAUUUUUAACUAGUUGAAAGACAAGUCAGUAUUGAAACAAAAAUGUAAACAAUGCGAACAAGGUUGUAUGAAUUUAAUGAGCGAAAAUCGUACUUUGAAAGAAGAGAUCCAGUCUUUCGGAAAAGAAAAAGAGCGACACGAGAAGGAGUGUCGGUGUAUUUUAGAAGAAAAUGAACAGUUGAAAUGUCAAGUUAAGGAAUUAUUGGAGAAUUUAGACGUAUUAGAUAGAGAUAAAGCAAAUAAUCUGGAUAAUUGUAAGGGAAAAAUGGAAUCAUUAACCAAUGACAACAAAAAGAUUAUGGAUGAAAUGAUGUCUCUCAAUCAGGAGAACAGAAACUUGCUAAAAACCAUAGACGAUCUGAAAAGUAGAUUAAAUUUGACAAUGAACGUAACACAAAAUGAAGUUGCAGAAUUAAAUAAAACGAUCCAGGAUCUGCAAGAUACUUUACAAAGGACCAAACAUUUACAGGAAGAGGAAGAGAGGGUCAAAGAUGUAGAAAUUGACCGUUUGAAUACUAUUGUCUCUGAACUGAAGCGAUGUUUGAGGAAUUCUGAAGAAAAAGAUACUAGCAAAACCCAAGAAAUACAACAUUUGAAUAGGGUUAUCAAACAAUUGGUAGGAAAUCUAAGACAGAUCGAAGAAAAAUUCGAAAGUGUAGGAAAGGUUUGCAGAAUAUGUAAAGGUCGUAAUAAAGUUGGAUUUUCAGAAAAUGUCAAGGUGCAAACGGAACCGGAUGAGGAUCAACGUGAUCUAUGUCAGCAAAGAGACGAUUUAAUAAAAAUGCAAAGUGAAGCAUUGAGUACAUUGGAAUACAGUGUGAACUCAAUAUGUUGCAAAGAAACAGUUGAUGAAUUGAAUGUCGCACUGAAAAAGAGAGAUGAUGUCAUAAGGGUUCAAAAUGAAACGCUAUCGGCAAUCCAACAACAAUUAGAGACUACAAAACAUCUACAGCAGGAGGCAGAAUUGGACAAAGAAAAAUGUUUAGAUGAGAUAAAAACACUCAAAAAUAGUGUCAAUGAGCUACAAUGUGCCUUGGAAGAAUCCUCCAAAAGAGCUCUUGAUUUACAGCAAGCAUUGUUAAAACGAGAUGAGUUAAUAAUAUUACAAACUGAAACAUUACAAAAGCUACAAACGGAACUAAUGAACUUAAAAGAGCUUUAUGAAGAUAUGGAAAAGCAAUUGGGAUCCUUCAAAUGUAUUGAAUCAAAAAUUGGAGCAGAUCAGCAAAAACGUUCUAGGGGCAUUAGAGAAAUGAGGAAUCAAUUCAAUAAACUUCAAAGUAAAGUGGAAAACAUAACUCAGGAAUCGGCUAAUAUGGUUGCUUCCAUGAAAGAAAAAGACGAAUUCAUAGAAUCACAAAAUAAAAAGAAUUUUGCGUUGCGUCGGGAAUUGGAUUCGUUGAAAGCAAAACUUUCAGAGUUAAAAUCGGAAAAUGAGAAAAGCUUAGACAAUAUGCUGACUUUUCAGCAAUGUACUUGUGAAUUGGCAGAUACUUUCCAAUGUUUGGAGUCAAAGUCAGCAUGUGUUGAAAAUGCAUUGCAGAAAAGGGAUGAAAUCAUAAAAUUGCAAAACGAUACUUUGAGUUCACUACAAAUGGAACUAGACUCCUUAAAAAAUCAAAAAACCGAUGAUGCACCAAAUUGCUAUGGCUUGAAUAAAUUGCAACAAGAAAAAGAUGCGAUGAUCAAACUUCAGUCAAAUCUGUUGAAUGAGUUACAAGGUCAAUUAGAUUCCUUGAAAGUAAAACAUUCAGUAUGUGAAUCGUCGGAACAGGAAUACCUGCAAGAAAUUCGUAUGUUGAAUUCUAGUCUAGAAAAGAAGAACCAAAUCAUAAAACUUCGCAAUGAUGCCGUAAAGUCUUUAGAAUUGGAAUUGCGGACACUCAGGGACAACGAAUGCGAGUUGAACAAGGAAAAAACGCGGCGUCUUGAUGAGCUACAGCAUUUAAAGGAUGAGUUCAAUCAACUCAGACUGAUGUCUCAAGAUGCCGAAGGCAGAGCCAACAAUUUUCAAGGCGCAGUGGAUUUGUAUAUGAAUACUAUAAAUGUACUUGAAGCAUCUGCAGAGAAGUACAAAAUUGAGAUCAACCAACAAAAAGCAACAAUAGCAAAUCUACAGGAGGCGCUAGUGAUAGCUAAGAAGGAAUUGGAUAUGGCAAAACAAAAGACUGAAGAAAGUGACUUGGAACAUAUUCAUAUAGUUGGUAAUAUCAUAUCGUUGCUUCUUGGUAUCAAUUUCGAAAAGGAGUGUGUAAAAGACGAGUAUUUUGCUAUUUCAAAAAAAUACACAAGCUUACAGGAUCUAAAUCUAGAUAUUGAAAUCGAUCACUGCAGUAGUUUACAAGAUAUGAACAUUUUAGAAGAUCAAGUUAUGAAGUACCAAACCGUAAUGAAAAAGUAUGAGGCUGAAAAACAAAAAUACAAAACUGAAAUAAAACGACUGAGCAAACAAAAGAGGUGUUACGAAGAAGUAGUUAUGUAUUUUAAAGAAGAAAUGCAACUGAUGGCAGAACAACUUUAUAAUCUUCAAGAAAUGUUGACCCUCUCGCAUGAGGCAGCCCAGGAAGAAAACUGUAGACUGUACGAAGCCUUCCUUAACGUGCAAUCAACAAACGAAAAACUGAGCUGCCAAUUGACGACUGCCGAGCAGAAAGUUUUGGAAGAAUAUGAGAGAAACAAGUUGCAUGUUGAAAAAAUAUCUGAGCUUGAACGAUUGGUUAGUGAAAAAGAACUGGACUUGGGACGACAUGAUCUUGCUAUCUGCAGUAUUAGAGACACUUUGAAAUGUUCGUUGCAACAGAAUGAAGAAUUGCACCAAACCAUUGUAUCUUUGAACGAAACUAUAGCUCAGUUGCAGCAUGCUAUCAAAAAAUACGAAAAUGACAACUGUAAGUCGAGAGAGAAUACAUCUCAAUGCCAGUCUCAGAUCAAUUCGUGUAAAAAGAAGUUGGAAGAACUAAAAUGUGGUUUAGAUGAAAAGACUCAAGAGCUAUGUAAACUUGAAAUGGCUUACAACUCCCAAAAUAGAUGUUUGAGGAGCGCUCAAUCAGAACUGCAAGAGAUUAAAGAAAAACAAAAUGAUAGGCAGUGUGAGUUGAAAUGUGUUGUCAGAGAUUUGAAAAAGCAGUUGGAAAAGGCUGAGCUGAACAUUAAGGAGUUAGACGACGAGAAAACUAAACUUCAACAGCAAUUGGGAAAUGCAGCCAGAAAGGAUGCCGUUAAGGAUGUGGAGCUGAAGAGAUAUAGGAAGGUUGUAGGAGACUUGAAGAAGACUCUAUUGGACUUGAAUAGGAGUUUGACCAAGAAGAAUUUCCAGUGCAAUAACGCUGAAUGCAUAAAGAAGAAGGGAAAGAAUGAGACUAAAGAUUUGGAUGAUAUGUGCCUCAAUUGCCCAUGUGAAGUUGAAUUUUAUCAACAAAUUGUAGAAACACUGAAGAAAACGGUUAUUGAGCUCAAGGACAAGUUGACUGAGACACAACAGAGAAAUGAGCAGCUUGAACGGGAAAAUAACGAGAAAGAAGCUCAGCAACAGGAAAAAGAUCGAGAAUAUAGAAGAUUGCGUGAAUUAUUGGAUGAAAAAAUUAAGAAAGCUCAACUAGAAGAGUCGCGGUACCUUGAGCUUGCUGCUCAGUUCCAGAAGGAACUAUCGUGUAUAAGAAGGGAGUUAGAAUUGAAGACUAUGCAGUUAGAUGAUGUUAAGAAGAGCUGCCAAGAAAUAAACAGUUCAAGAUGUUUGCAACUUGCAUGUGCCCAAGAAGACGUUAACAACUUGAAGGACGAACUUAAUAAUUUAUUGAGAAAACACUGUACCUUAAAUGUUGAGAAUGAAAGGCUCCACAGCCAGAGUGUCCGAAUGCAAAACACAGUAUCCACUCUGGAAGAAAAGAGCCAACUGCUGAAAAGCCAGGUGGAACAGUAUCUUUCAGAAUUGCAGAUCGUUCAAACAGAAAAGGAGGCUUUGGUGCAGAAGAAUCGCGAAUUGCUCAGCGAUCUGCGCAGUCUACAGUGUUCGUAUAGUGUAGCGGGUAAACAGCAAAGUUCUGUAGCAGAGAAUGUGAAAUCUUUAGAAACGGAACUAGAAAAGGUGAAAUGCAGCAGGGAUGAGAUAUGCUCGGAAAGCAAAAACGUUGUGGGGUAUUUUAAGGACUGGUUGCAGGAACAAAAAAAGAUCAACAAGUACAUUAUGUCUAGAGAAAGAAACUACUGUCUCAAUUUAAACAAAAUGAAGGAGGGAGAUCAGCGCUACAGGCCGGUACCACCAAAGACCUGCAGAUUCAAUGUACCAACGAGUCAGCCGCCUCCUAGAUGUCAGUCUUCAUGGAGUCUUGGUUCUCAAGGGACAGCUUCAAUGCACGAAAGUCCUUGUAUAAGUCCGUGCCCUAACGAAGAGAGCGACUGGUAUUCUUCGACUUUCCGGGUCCAAGAUCCGGUUGUGAUGGAAAACUUAGCAGAACUAGGUGGGAGAUGGAAAACUUAGCAGAACUAGGUCCAGUUAUAGCUGAAGGCGCAAGAGAACGGCAAACUAGGGACUAGACCAGUUUGCUGAAAUAAUCAUAACCCAAAUAUUUUUAUCAAGCUGUGAAGGGAGGAGGUGAUAAACGUGAUAUAAUUAAUAUCGAUGGUAUAGGCAGCUGUUUCAAAAAAUGUUCUGCCUGGAUAGCUGGAUGAAUGUUGAUGAAUAAAGCUAGAGGUUGAAUAGGAACAAUAGAAAAAUGUUAAGAAUGAUUGAAGUCCAAAUUCAUAGUAUGCUAUAUACGUACAUACAUGAAAAGAGCAAUGAAGUAAACAUCAAAAUUUUCACAGGAUAAAAAUGUGGAUGUUGGUUAUAUGUUCUACUGUCAAUAUAUUGAUGAAGCUUUACGAAAUAUUUACAGACAAGUAGCAAAAGCUUCUAAAACUAUUCACGAUCUUCAUACAGCUUUUGACGAAAUUCAGGGACAUAUUUGGGAAGCUAAGAUUCUGAGGCCAAAAAUUAUACUUCUUUUUACAACCUUGAAGAUGAUUGCAGGCUGGUACAUGCAGAAUGAAUAUCAAUUGAAUUGAUUAUUGAAAUAAUGAAGAGGCAUUUUCGUAUGGUUAAUCAUUUUCGGAGAGAUGUCUUGCAAGACACGUGGUUGACAUAAAAUCGUCCAGUGUUCCUGAGGAAUGAGAUAUGUGAAAAGUUCAGGAUUCAUUUGUCCGUCGAUGCUAAGUAACCAGAUAAGAAGGUAGUAGUGGUAGUAGUAGCAGUAGUAGUAGUUCUGGUAAUAGUUAGUGAUAGUAGGGCUAGUAGUGGAUUAUUACAGGUAUGAGGCAAGCUGUGACCCGGCGAUGGUCUCCAAAACUAUAUUUAUUAUUAUUUUUUUUUAAAUUAUAUUUGGUAUUCACUAUUUCUAUUUUACUAUCGACAUCUGGACAAAACACCUUUAUUUAUUGUGAAGAUUUUUACAAGCAAAAUGGGUUUCGACAAUUCUUAUUUCUACGUUUUUCAUAGGUCUGCUGUCUAUGACUAUUUAUGCUUUAAAAUCAUAGUGCAAGUGUUUUUCUUAGUUUGUUUCAGCUUUUAGGUGAGAAUGAGAACAUUCCGUAUUUCAGGAAUGGUGAUUAACAAUGAUAGAUAUUGAAGAUAAUGAUAUAUUUAUUAUAAUUUUAAUUCCAGGUUACAUUUUUAAUUACUAUUUCUAUUAGGUUUUCUUUCAGAAUCAUAGUUCAAUUAUUUUUACCGUUAUCAAGGUU